ACCUCCAUGUAUUCCCCCGCCAAUAAACCUGAUAAUAGUUCCACCUCCACGACCUUGUAUUCCACCACCUCUGCCCAGGCCAAUAAUCCAUCUUCCUUCACCAAUCAUUCGUCCUUGUCUACCACCAAUGCACAUCCCCUGCCCGCCUCUACCAAAGAUUCCUGCACCUCCCAUCCAUGCCUUGCUCCACCAUCGCCCUAAUCCUAUCCUACCAGCUCCACCUAUAUAUCCACCUUGGGAACACCAUCGGCCUCAGCAGUCAAUCCUUGAUACUCCGAUUCACCCCGAGAGAUUGGUUGCUGAAGCGGUAAUGAAUGGGGCCGCUGCUCCAAAUGGCCAGUGUGUCGAUAUUAGCGCAAGGUGUCCAUACUUUGCACUACAAGGAAUGUGUGACUCACCGUCUUUGUUCUAUCACAUUGACAAAGUUCGACACUUGUGCCAACUCUCUUGCGGACUGUGCAACGGGAAUGGGGCUGGUCCUGGGUUUUGGCUGAGGAAACGAAAAAGCAAAAUCUCAGAAGAUGGAGAACAACUGCAAAAUCUUCUGGAUGCAGUUUUUUCUAAAAAAACCGAAAACAUCAGGUAAGCAUUUCCAUCGAAGACGUUGACAUCAUUGGAAAUUAAGACCUAGGAUGACCUUACUAUUGCUUUUCCGUGGUGAUUUGGAAGAAACAAUUGAAUUCGAAGAUUCAAGACCUGUUUCUGUGAAGAUCGAUCGUUGUCUUAUCUCUUCAGAAAGAAUACUUAAGAUUCAAAAGUGAAGAGGACUAUAUUUAUUCUAUGCCCAUCUCAUCCGUCCUUGGUCUUCAUUCACACAAGAUGACAACCUAAAUCAGUUUUAUAGUGUAAUUUGCAGCAAUUUUUUAGUCGAUUUUGUAGAAGAUUUUUGAUUAACUAAGAGGAUAAUCUAUGAAUAUAAACAUUGUAGGAAAACAAUGGAAUAUCAGAAAUGAAUGAAAUUUAAGCGAUUGCUUGAUAUGCUGAAAGGAAAGAAAGAGGAAUCUAGUUUUGUAGUUAACGACUUUGAUAUGGAAAUUUUAGU